UGAUAGCUGCUCGGUGAAGUCGUUCGCAUCGAAGGAAAGUACCAUGGAGGAAAGUUUUGUUUACAGUGUGUUGCGCUUCUACGGCGAAAGCGGGUCGCUGUCCACGGAAAACCUGGGAAACUUUCUGCGCCUCGUCGCCAGCCGCCGCGCGCCGUCGGUGGACGCCGCCUCCAACCCGCUGAAGAACACGGAGUGCUCUUCGUUGUCAGAGCUGCUGUCAGCCUUUGGACUCAGCAAUGCUUCUGCUGUCAGUCUCAGUGAUCUGGAGAUGAUGUGUCCAGCUAUUCUCAAUCAGGUCCUGCUCCCUGCCUGCCCCUUCACCUCCCCCUCAAACCAAAAUGAUUCUUCCCUGUUACCUGAUCACAAAAUUUGGGGUUAUGGUUUCCUGGCCGUGACCGUGAUAAACUUGGCUGCUCUGCUGGGGUUAUUUCUGGUGCCUUUGACUAAAAAAACAUAUUUUCCAAAAGUCUUGACGUAUUUCAUCGCAUUGGCCAUUGGGACACUGUUUUCAAACGCUGUACUGCAACUUAUUCCAGAGGCCCUUGGCUUGGAUCCUAAAGAUGAUAACUAUGUGCUAAAUGUAGUCGGGAUUUUUGGUGGAUUUUACAUUCUGUUCUUCACCGAACGGGUUUUAAAGAUGGUACUGAAAGCGGACGCAGAGCUGGGACACAGUCAUUUCCCUCCCCUGCAGUCAGCUGAUGUCACCAUCACCACCUUCAGCAACGACGCUGUCAUAAACAACAUCAGCGGUGACAUCAUCGCAAACAACACCAGUUGUGAAAUGAACUCUAUCAACGAAAAGCCCAGCCACCCAAGUGAGAGUCCAGCCGGCGAUCAGAAUGCAUGCAUGCUCUUAACAUGUCGCUGGCUGAAAGGGAAGCGAAUGUCUAAUAUAAAGACUGUGGCGUGGAUGAUCACGGUCAGUGACGCUGUGCAUAACUUCAUCGACGGUCUGGCCAUCGGAGCGUCCUUCACGCUGUCUCUACUCACCGGCUUCAGCACCUCUAUUGCCAUCUUCUGUGAAGAGUUUCCUCACGAGCUGGGUGAUUUUGUGAUCCUGUUGAACUCGGGCAUGAGUGUUGGUCAGGCUGCGUGUUUUAAUUUGCUGUCAGCAAUGUGCUGUUAUCUCGGUCUUGCGUUGGGGAUACUGCUGGGCAGUAGUUUUGCUCCGAAUGCUAUCUUUGCCAUUGCUGGUGGGAUGUUCCUCUAUAUCUCCCUUGCAGACAUGUUCCCAGAGAUGAACAGUAUCAUGGCUACACAAACCAAAGGUUAUCGAGGAAAGCUUGCGUUCUUCCUGAUCCAAAAUGCUGGCCUGCUCACCGGAUUCACUGUAAUCUUGCUUAUUACCCUGUUUGCUGGAGAUAUCAAUCUAGGGUAAAAGGAAAGAAGCAAGAAACAAGGAACAAUUGUUUUCAGUGCCAGAAACUAAAAACCUGAGACAGACUCUGCUGGCUUUUCUUUUUGUACAGUAUGUCAGACUUGUACUGUAUCUGCUGUUGGGAAAAACAACACAAUCGUACGGCCCUGGAGUACAUGAUUUGGUUUUUUUUAUAGUUUGAUGAGAUUUUGUUGUACUGAUGUGAGUGUUGGUGUCUGAUGUGAACAGGCAACAAUACAGCGCUGUGUGAGGAGGGAUUCCUCAGUGGCAGUGGCAGCCUAGCACUGAGUCUCUGAGCAGCUUUGUCAUCCAAAUGUCGAUUUUUCUGAAGCACACUCGAGUGAGACUGUCGUGUUCACACGGUGUCUAACCAAAGGAAAUGAAAGUAAAGAUAAUUGCUGUGUGCUUUUGUGCGUCUCUUCGACAGCCGGGUUUCAUUAGGCCGGGGACGUUUUUGAAUUUAAACCUUUCUUUCCUUUACAUUAAUUAAGAACAAGGUCUAGGAUACAGAAUGUUUACCAAAUGUUUGUUUUUUUUAAAUAAUUAAAAAACAAAAGUGUGUGUGUUACAUGUACAUGUAUGUAUGUGUAUAAAAUUAUACAAAUAUAUAUGAAUUGAAUUCAAUAUGUUUCUCCUAAAAUAUAACAUUAAACAAAAAAGUUUACCAUUUUACAGAAAGUAUGUUUUAGAUUUUUUUUUAAAAUAAUUGUUCUAUUAGAAUAAGUAGAAGCAAAUAAGCUCUCUAUAAGGUUUUGUAUUUUAUAUUUAAUGCAUUUGUGUAGGAACAUGAUAUAUUCAAUUAUGCCAUAAGAAGUGCUAUCAUUUUUAUUGAAGAAGUAAUAAAAUGUCAUUUAAUGCCAAUA